CAAAUUAAUAUUCACCGAUAAUGGUUAUAUGCUAAGAUGUAGUCAAAACAAAAGCUGCACAACUUCGGGAGAAUAAUGGUUGUAAUAAUAGGUUUGUGUAGUUAUAUAAAUAAACAAACGAAUAAUGCUGUAGGCAUUGGUUGAAUCAGAAAAUUGAAAGAAUUGGAGUAAUGGAGAAGUACCUUGGACACUAGUAUUGGACAACACUCUUACCAACUUCCAAUCCAGACCCCACUCAUUCCACUUCACCAUGGAAGCCCAAACCGCCGCCGCCGCCGCCUUCUCCUCCUCCUCCACUACUCCACUCCUUCCUCAUCGCCGGUGGGCCUACCUCCUUCCCUCCACCGUGCGUCUCAAGACCAGCCUCUGUUCUGAACUUUCCGGCGCCGUCGGCGAUCUCGGCACCUACAUCCCCAUAGUCUUGGCCCUCACUCUCGUCGCCAAUCUUGACCUCAGCACCACCCUCAUCUUCACGGCCCUCUACAACAUCUUCACCGGCCUCCUCUUCGGCGUCCCCAUGCCCGUCCAACCCAUGAAGUCGAUCGCCGCCGUCGCCAUCGCCGAGUCAACCCACCUCACCGUCGCUCAGAUAGCCACCGCCGGACUCUCCACCGCUGCCGUGCUCCUUUUCCUCGGAGCCACCGGACUCAUGUCGUUUUUUUACCGGUUCAUUCCCCUCCCUGUUGUUCGUGGUGUUCAGCUCUCCCAAGGUCUCUCCUUUGCCUUCACCGCCAUCAAAUAUAUCCGUUAUAAUCAAGAUUUGGUGACUUCCAAAUCGGGUUCGCCUCGGUCUUGGCUCGGUCUCGAUGGUCUUGUUGUGGCUCUCUGCUCUGCUCUGUUCCUGAUAUUGACUAGCGGCGCCGGUGAUAGCAUCGAUAACAGCAUGGACUACUCCCAAGAACGUCCUGGUGACUCUUUGAGUAUUCGAUCUCGUCGCCGUGUACAUAAAAGACUGAGAAUUUUGUCUGCAGUUCCUGCGGCUCUUCUGGUUUUCUUAUUUGGGUUGUUGCUCUGUUUUCUUCGUGACCCAUCGGUGUUGAAAGAGCUCAAAUUCGGUCCGUCUAAGAUACACAUGUUGAGCAUCACCUGGGAAGAUUGGAAAAUUGGGUUUGUUCGCGGGGCUAUUCCGCAAAUCCCAUUGUCAAUCUUGAAUUCAGUGAUAGCAGUAUGCAAAUUGUCCGGUGAUUUGUUCCCCGAACGUGAGGCAUCCGCGAAGAGCGUUUCUAUCAGUGUGGGAAUCAUGAACUUUGUAGGUUGCUGGUUUGGGGCAAUGCCGGUGUGCCACGGUGCCGGUGGACUUGCCGGCCAGUACCGGUUUGGUGGCCGCAGUGGCGCGUCAGUGGUGUUUCUUGGGAUGGGGAAGUUGGUUCUUGCAUUGUUUUUUGGGAACUCUUUUGUGAGUAUUUUGAACCAGUUCCCUAUUGGGAUUCUCGGUGUGCUUUUGCUUUUUGCUGGGAUUGAAUUGGCAAUGGCUUCGAGAGAUAUGAACUCGAAGGAAGAGUCUUUUGUGAUGCUGGUUUGUGCUGCUGUUUCACUAACAGGGUCGAGUGCUGCGUUGGGAUUUGGAUGUGGGAUUUUGCUGUUUUUGUUUCUCAAGUUGAGGCAAUUUGAGUUCUCUAGUUUUGGGUUUCUUAGACAUACCAAUAAAUCGUCUAUUGAAGAUGAAACUAGCUUAAUCCAAUAAAGAUUUUUGCGCUGCUCUUUUGUUUAGGCUGAAAAUGUAGUGUAUUUGUGUGUGUAUAUAUAUAUAUAUAUACACACACGACAGUCUCAGUAUUGGUUCUGAUUCUGCAUUGGCCAUUUUCCUCUUUGUGGGUUUUGGUCAGACUGAAGUAUCAUGGGAUUUUUGCCUGAAGUUCACUGCUAAUGUGGAGAGAUUCUGAAAUUUGGGCUCUAGUAAACGAUAAAGAGACCCCAACAAAUAUAGUUGUAUUGUAACUGAGUAAGUGAUUUUACAUUCAGUUCACCACUCCGAAAUUCGAUUGUAUCUUUGUUAGCGAUAUUAUCUCCAUAAUAUGAACUUGGGGGCCCCGAGAGAAAAAGAGUAAUAGACGUAAGGACUACGGAGGUGUUACGAAA